AUGCUUGCUUGCUCGCGCCGCCUCCUUGCCGCCGCGGCGCCACAACAGCCGCUGUUGUGGUUCGGCUGUCGCGGCGUAUGCGCGGUGCCCCAUCCGGCAAAGGCCAGCCGUGGCGGCGAGGACGCGUUUCUCGUGCACGCGUGUGGCAUUGGUGUCGCGGACGGUGUCGGUGGCUACGCGCAGCUCGGCGUCGACCCCGCCGUGUAUACGCGGAACGUCAUGCGUUUUACGAAGCAGGCGCUCGAGGAGGAUGGCAACCGCGGCGGCCUCACCGCGCUGCAGGCACUCAACCACGGCUACACGGCGGCGCAGCGGGAGGGGAAACCCGGCGGCUGUCCGGUGACGCUCGUGACGCUUGUCGACGGGCGUUUCGCGUCGGUGCUGAAUCUUGGUGACUGCGGCACAAUUUGCCUGCGCAGCUCCAAACUGGUCUUCGCCACCGAGGCGCAGCAGCAUCGCUUUAACUGCCCGUUCCAGCUUCCGGAGGACCCACCGUCCGCCGGCGACCGUACAAAGCUUGAGGUCAGCGAAGGUGACGUGUUUCUCUGCGCCAGCGACGGGCUGCUUGACAACAUCGACAUGCCGGAGAUUCUGCGCAACCUCGAGGAUGUUGACCGCGACGGCUGCCAGCGUGUUGCGGAGGUUCUGGCGGAGAAGGCAUGCAGGAAUGGUGCCGAUGCAAAGUUCGAGUCCCCCUUCGCGAAGCACGCCAAGGCUGCGGGUUACCGCUACACCGGCGGCAAGCAGGACGACGUGACGGUUGUCGUGGCGCAACUGACGCGAAUCGACAUUAAACCGAACCCCUGCCCCAGCCUUAUCACAGAACUGCUUAACUUGCACAAUGGCUGA